ACCAAUUUUGAGCCAAGAAAACAAUAGGUAGGUAUGUGACCGCAAUUUAAAAUGAUGAUACUCUUUACUACAAUAAUAUGCAAAUGAGCCGCGCAAUAUCGGAGGCUGCAUCCGGGCCACGGCAAAGGUAGCGAUCGAAUUUCUGCGGGGGCGUGCGAAUGUCAAGGAACCCUAAUGCUACGUCAUGCGCACGAGUCGCGAGCGGACGGCGAGCGGGCGGCGCGCGGCCCCGCAGUCGCAGACGACAUGGGGGCGCGCGCGCAUGCCCGCAGCCUCUCCGCGCUCCUGCUCCUCGCGAUCAUCGCAAACGGGGAGGACAUCGACUGCCUAAAGGAUGGCCUCUACGCCGAUUACGACACGGAGUGCCGGGAGUACGUCCGAUGCGCUGCGGGAGCGGUGAAGAGGAGGUACACGUGUCCCGCGGGGCGCGCGUUCAGCGAGGUGGCCGGGGCGUGUGUCCCGCAGCGCCGGCAGACGUGCACGAGGCGCGUGUGCGCGGCCGGCGACUCGCUCGCGUACGCCACUCCCGGAACUGCGUGCCGACAGUACUACCGCUGCGACAACGGGACCGUCGUUGACCACGCCUGCCCGCCGGGCCUGUGGUUCGACCUCGAGCGGCAGGCCUGCACCCGCGGAGCGGGGACCUGCUACGAGCCCGUCUGCACCGGCCUGCCCGACGGGGAGUACCCGGACUCGUCGCACGAGUGCCGGCGCCGGCUGCGCUGUCGCGGCGGCGACAUCGAGGCCGUGGUAACCUGCGGCGGCGCGUGCUCGAUCGGCUGCCCCCCGCCCCGCGCCACCGCCGCUGCGCUGCCCGCCGGCGACGCCGACUUCUGCUCGGACGCGGUAUGCUCCUCGCUGUGCCAGCGAAAACCGGACGGGGCCUACGCGGAUCGCCAGACGGGGUGCCGGGAGUACUUCGUGUGCGAGGCGGGGCGGGUGGUCAGGCGCGGCGUAUGCGAGUUCGGGCUGCUAUUCGCAGACAGCGGCUGCGAGCACGCGGCCCGCGCCUCGUGCCCGCCUCCGGCGCGGAGCCCGUGCUUCAACAGGCCGGACGGCCUCCACCGGGACUGGCGGGACUGCUCCUCCUGGAUGGAGUGCCGCCGGGAGCGGGUCGUCUCGCGGGGCUCGUGCGUCCGGGGCCAGGUCUUCGACGGGGAGCGGUGCGCGCCCCGCGGCGCCUUCUACUGCCGGGGGCCGGAGUUCGCGGAGUCGUGCGCGGGGAUGCCGACAGGCCUGUACCAGGACCUGGAGUCGAACUGCACGCAGUACUAUCACUGCGUCGGCGGGCAGCGGACGUCGCUGGCGUGCCCGCGGGGCGAGGUGUACGACGGCGUGCAGUGCGCGCCGGCGCACCAGUACCUGUGUCCGAGCCUGGAGAAGGACUCGUGCUACCGGCGGGCGGACGGGCGCUACCGCACGUCGGACGCGGGCUGCCGCGGCUACUACGUGUGCGCGGGCGGCACGCGCGCGGUGUACGCGUGCCCGGCCGGCAGCGCGUUCGACGGCGACCGCUGCGUGCCCGCGCGCCCGGACGUCUGCCCGCUGGAGGACUACUCCUGUUCCGGCCUCCCCAACGGCUAUCACGCCGAGUUGGAGUCCAAUUGUCACAGGUACUUCUACUGCUCCGGCGGGGACCGGCUGGCGACGCUGUCGUGCCUCGGGGACAAGAUAUUCGACGGGCGCGCGUGCGUGGAGCCGACGGAGCACGAGUGCGGCGCGCCGCGGCGGGGCGAGGCGGGCGGGGGGUACUGCGAGCGGGACGGGUUCUUCGCGCAGCGCGGCACCGCCUGCCGGAGCUACUACUUCUGCGUGAGCGGGUCGCGGACGGCGCUGACGUGCCCGGGCGGGCAGCUGUUCAACGGCGCGAUCUGCGUGCCGGCCGACCAGUACUCGUGCCCGGGCUGAGCGCCCUCCCGCCCCCCGCCACCCGCCCCCUGACAUGCCCGGUCCCGCGCGACACGGCGGAGCCGCGAGAGAUACACGGUGUACCUGAAUACGCUAAGGCUGAACGCUUCCGAGCCGACGUUGCUCGCCCUGUAAAUAUGCUCCCCCUAAUUUAUUGCCUCGGCUAACUUAUUGACUUGCUAUUGUAGUCCCCGGUCUACCUCGUACUAUAAUAAUAGACUAAUUUGUAUUCAUAUUUUUAUUGGCAUAUAAACUUUAAGCAAUUUUAUAGACAUAAUCUAGUGAAUACGGUGACUAUAUUUUACAGUGUACUUCGAAAAAACGCAAAAAGCAAGUUCGUGAAUAAAAAAAUAUUUAUUUUUAUAACGUAAUGUUUUAUAUUGAAUAUAUCUUUGAAUCCAAACAUACUAUAACAAAAGUGUAAUGUUUAUAUUACAUAAUUACAUGC